AUGCCUUCGAUACUCCUCCUCAACGGGCCCAACCUGAACCUCCUUGGUACCCGGGAACCACACCUCUACGGCACAACGACUUUGAAAGACAUUGAGCAAUCUUCAAUUGAAUUGGGAGCCAAACUAGGGGCACGUAUUGAAGCGUUCCAGUCAAACCAUGAGGGCCAUCUGAUCGACCGCAUACAUGCCGCACGAGGUGUUGCCGACGCAAUCGUGAUCAAUCCGGGUGCGUUUACGCAUACCAGUGUCGCUAUCCGGGAUGCAUUGUUGAGCGUGAAUAUUCCGUUUAUUGAGGUGCAUAUCACAAAUGUUCAUACUCGUGAAGCCUUUCGGCAACACAGCUUUUUGUCGGAUAAGGCUGCGGCAUGUAUCAUUGGACUGGGGGUUUUUGGAUAUGAAGUUGCUAUUGAACACGCUGCGAGAGAUUUGGUGAACAAGUAG